GAUUAUAAAAACAAAUUUAAAAAAAGUUAUAUAAAAAAUGAAAAUGAUAAAAAUGUUGUUCAUAGAAAAAUAGUUUAAUGGCAGCUGUAAAGCAUAAAAUACGAUUGAUUGAUACCAUUGAUUUGACAGGUGAUGAUCCUGUUAUAAAAAAGAAAUGUGUCGAAGAAAGUAUAACAGUGGUUAAUCUGGAAAGUGAGAAUUUUAAAGAAGAAGUUCAAAUACAAAAUACAAAUUCAAAAAAAGUGCAAUGUGAAGUUUGUUUAAAACAAGACUCAAAAUACACAUGUCCUGCGUGUAAAAUGAAAACAUGCUGUUUGUUUUGUUCAAAAAAGCAUAAAAAUAUCAAAAACUGUUCAGGGGAGAGAGAAAAAGUGAAAUAUGUUGCUCGUUCUGAUUUUAAUGACAUGCACCUACUUAAUGACUUGAGGUUUUUGGAAGAUGUAAAGCGUUUAGUAGACAAUGCACAACGAGAUUCCAAGUCAAAACCAAACCGCAGAAUAUCUAAAAAGCUGCAUUUAUUACAAAAAGCUGUUAAAAACAGAGAUUGUAAAUUAUUUCGCAUGGCAAAAGGAAUGCAACGGUGGAAAGAGAAUAAGACUUUUUAUAAUGUUAAAGAGGAUGCUUUGCACUGGACAAUAAAGUUUGUAUUUGAGGAAAUAUAUGAAACCAUCAUAGUUAGACAUUCAGAGAAAGAUACUUUUAAAGAUAUUUUAUCACCUUUUAUAGAUAAAGAAAAAGUCUUACCUGAAAAUAAACUAAAAUUUUUUGAGUACACUAACUGUCAGUCAGACCAAAAAAUUUUGUUAUUCUUCAAACAUGAGCUUGAACAAGGUCAAGACAAUAAAAGGUUCACUGAAGUAAAUAUAGAUAGUACUGUAAAAGAAUCUUUAAAAAACAUGUCUAUUCUGGAGUAUCCUGAAUACAAGGUUGUAUUGUCAUCUAAUGCUGGUCGCAUUCGAAAUCAGUUGUUUACACAAGAUAAUAUGUUAAACGUGAAAGAAGAAUCAGAUGAGUCGUCCAGCGAUUCAUCGAGUGACGAAGAGAUUUCUACGAAAACUCUGGAGGAUGUUCUUCGAGACAUGAACUCUAAUAAACUAUUUCUUAAAAGUGAAAAUAAUUAGUAAUAAUGUUUUUUUUUUUAUUCAUCUUUUUAUUAUUGUUAUUAUUUUUUAUUUUGAUAAAAAAGCCCAAUAAUUUGUUUCAGAA